CUUUCACCAAGAAUUUGACGCCACCACGAUGACGGAUCCGAACUGCGCCGAUCCUGUAUGCCACUCCAAGACGGAGAUGUUUCGAUCGGGAGUGCUUGGCAAAACGAAGGUCAAGAAGGAAGGUGUCGCGUCUACGAACUCGUCGUCAGCUCGUGCGGAGUGUCCACUCGACCGCGAAGAGCUCGGGCGUGCGACGUGGGGACUGCUACAUACAAUGGCUGCGUACUACCCACAGGUGCCUUCUGACGCAGUCAAGUCGCAGGCAACAUCAUUUAUCAAGUCAUUGGCUGAACUGUACCCUUGCAAGCACUGCGCGGUGGACUUUCAGGAGUCGAUCGUUGAGAUUCCACCUCGGGUGAACUCGCGCAUUGACUUUUCUUUGUGGAUGUGCGAACAGCACAAUCGAGUGACGACCAAGAUGCACAAGAAGCCAUUCCCUUGCACAAUCGAGGCUCUCGACAAACGAUGGAAAACAGGCGUCGCGUCCUGCUGGACGAAACGAGAGGACGAAGCGACAGCUCAAGAGUCCCUCGGCCAGGACGACGAGUAGGCACGUGAAGGCAUUGCACCGUAGAUGAUCACACGACAAACGCAUUGCAGAGCAUGACGGGCGACAUCAUGGAACUUCCGCAGCACCAGUUAACUGAACAAAGUGGCGCACGCUAUAGCUUCGACAAGCUUCUCCUCGGACUGAAC